CUUGCAGAGGCGGCCAAGCCGAUGCUGUGAGGCCACUCUGGCUCUCGUGGCUGUCCCCAUGGCCUGGGCUUGGUAGGGGCUGCAGGGCAGGACGGAGCCGUGCCGGGAGCGAUGCCGCUGCAGACGGAGAUCUUGCGUGAGGUCUGGGCUGCAGACAGCCCCAGUGAAGAGCCAGGAAGCCCCCAGCAGCACAAGCCCAAACAGGUAAGAAAAAAUCCUUCCCCUCCAUCCCCUCUGCCACCAUCCCCAAGGGCUGGGGACAUCAGAGACCCUCUAACCCCAGAGUCCACACCAAGGCAAGUUUGGGGCUGGUUGGGCUGUUCUAUGGGGGUGCUGCAACCUGUGAGGGCAGGAGAUUUUUGGGAAUCACCUUCAGAGCAGGUGGAUAGAGAAAAUUCCACAGCCCUCCCCUCUUUGUGCAUCCUUCUGAAUCCCCCCCUCCAUCACUUUGAAGCACCCCAUGAGGAAGGUUCCUAGUUCUCAAAUAACAAUUUAAUUAAGCCCCUCAGUUAAGCUAUAAACUGUGACUCACUUUCCCCAGGCCAUGACCCUGAAAGCCAGAUCCCCUUUCCCUGCAUUUUGGAACAGCCCCCAGGUGCCCCCCAGCCUUGGGAGGGUCUCAGCAGCAAUUUCAUCCACCACCCAAUUUAAUUUUUAAUCAGCAGCUCCUCCUUGAAGGGCUUUGUUAAGUAAGGGAGUGGUUGCCCACCCCGCAGCUGCUUAAGGGAUUAAGGGGUGCAAAGGAGCUUUUCUGUGUGAGCUCAUGACACGGAAGAAGGCAGCCAGUUCCCAGUUUCACCAUGGAGCCCUCAGCUCCCCCUCCCCACAUUCACAGUCCUGGGAUCCCACUGGGAUCCAUCAGGAUCCCAACUUUUGCAAAACACGUUCACACACUGCCUGGAGCAUUUGGGAGUAGUGAAACUCCCUGCAAGGGGGAAGAUGCUCUGUUGGAUAGUGGAAACCUCGGUGCAUCUGGAUUUGCUGAGAUCACUUUCUGAAAACCCUGAGCUGACACCCACUCCCCAAACACCUCCUGUCCAGAGCCAAGUGCUGACCCACAUGCUCUGUAUUUGGUAAAUCUGGGUUAUUUAUGGCCCCAGCUAACCGGGAUUAGGUGUGCUGUGCCUAAUCCUCCUGCUUCCCUGCUCCUGCUAACCUCCUUGCCAUCCACAGGAGCCUUUUGCAGGGGUGAGAGGAGAUGGAGGUGAGAGGCCUGGCUGUCUGCCCAUGCCUGUGUCCCCUGUCCAUCUCACGUCCCCAGCAUGGCCAUCAGUGCCCUGAGUGGCUCCCAGGCAGGGUCCCUAUGGCCACAGUGGGAUUUGCUCCUCUGUGCUGACACCCUGUCACAGCAGCACCAUCAUCACCCCCCUCUUCUCCAGAGCUGUCCCAGGGCAGAUGUUCUAUCUGUCUGUCUGUCUGUCUGCCUGCUAACAGAGCUUUCUGUUUUCCUCCCUCUGCCUUCCUCGGGGGGGUGCCCCAUGGUAAGUCACUCACUGGAAGGUGUCCGUGUGUCCCUUGCUCCCGUGCUGGGCCAGGGGAAAGUCCGACUGUAUUUCUGAAAGGGACCCAGUGCGGUGUGAGCAGGGGGUGCCUGGUAAAGGGGAAAGGUGUUUAAGGCUGGCACCACCUCUGCAGCAUCACCCUGAGGGCAGAAGCUGAAGAAGAAGAGGCAGGAGCCUGGGCUGGAGCCCGAGGCCAAACCACGGCGGCCGCGGGUGAAGAAGCUAAGCGAGGCAGGGGCUGCACAGGAGCCUCCAGCCCAGGCACAGGGGGUGAAGAAGGUGAGGAAGAAGAAGGAGGAGAAGGGGGAGGAGGAGAGCGACAAGGAUCCCUCCUCCAAAUUCACCAAGGAGCCUCGGAAGAAAGAAAGCCUGGCUCCCCGCUCCCAAGUGGCCAAAGGCUCCAAGAAGCCACAAGAACCAGCUGAGGAUGAGGAUGAUGAGGAAGAGGAAGAAGAGGUGGAGAAUAAAAACCCACCGAAAAAGCUCAAGAAGAAGCUUCCCAAAGAGCCCCUCUCAGGUGGGGGGGAGAAGAAGCUGAAGACAAAGGAAGACAAGAGUGACCCUGACAGCAAAGCCAAAUCUGCCAAAAGCACCAAGAAGGAGCCAAUGUCCAUGUUCCAGGUGAAGAAGGAGAAGAAAAGCAAGAAGAAAGCUGCCACCAGCAGCGAUGAGGAGGAUGAUUCCGACUCCAGCACCAAGCCCAUUAGGUCAGAGAAGAAAAACCCAGCAUCCCUCUUUCAGACUGGUGGGGACCCCCCAAAAGAGAAAAAAUCCAAAAAGAAAGUUCCUCCCAAAGGGGCUGAGAGUGAGGAGGAGACCCCAGAGACCCUGCAAAAAAACUCCAACAAGAAGGGGAAAGCAAAGAAAUCAAAGAAGCAGAAGGAGGAGAGGCCUCCAUCCCCUGUCAUCGAGGUGGACAACCUGGAGGAGUUUGUGCUGCAGCCAGCGCCACAGGGGGUGACCAUCAAGUGCCGGGUGACACGGGACAAGAAGGGCAUGGACCGGGGACUUUACCCCACCUAUUACCUUCACUUGGACAACGACAAGAAGGUGUUCCUCCUUGCUGGGAGGAAGCGUAAGAAGAGCAAAACCUCCAACUACCUCAUCUCCAUUGACCCCACUGACCUGUCACGGGGUGGAGAGAACUUCAUCGGGAAGCUGAGGUCCAACCUGAUGGGUACAAGGUUCACCGUGUUUGACAACGGCACCAACCCCGACAGGGCCAACGCUGACUGGUCCAACGUGCGGCAGGAACUCUCGGCCGUGGUCUACGAGACCAAUGUUUUAGGGUUCAAAGGCCCCCGGAAGAUGACUGUCAUCAUCCCUGGGAUGAACACUGACUGUGAGAGGGUGCCCAUCCGGCCCCGGAACGAUAACGAUGGCCUCCUGAUGCGAUGGCAGAACAGGAACAUGGACAACGUGAUCGAGCUGCACAACAAAGCCCCAGUGUGGAACGACGAGACCCAAUCCUACGUCCUCAAUUUCCACGGCCGGGUCACCCACGCCUCCGUCAAAAAUUUCCAGAUCGUGCACAGCAGUGACCCCGAGUACAUCGUGAUGCAGUUCGGGCGUGUGGCGGAUGACGCCUUCACCAUGGACUACAACUACCCCCUAUGCGCCGUGCAGGCCUUUGCCAUCGCCCUCUCCAGCUUUGAUGGGAAGCUGGCCUGCGAGUAGCACCUGCAGCGGGGCUGCCGGGACCAGCGGGGCUGCCUGCCUGUGCCCGGAGGAUGUUCCUGCAUCCCUGUCCUGUUCCGCUCCCUGCAUUUUCACCUUCUUGCAGUCACGGUUGUUCCUGGGGUGGUUCAAGGCAUCUGGUUCCCACUGAGGAUGCUCACCUGGCUGCAGCCACUCUCUCCAGGCAAAUUUGUGGCAAGUUGUUGGGCUGGGGUGAUGGCAGAGCCAAGCUGGAGGUAUAUUCAUAUUCAGCAGAUGAGGCUGACUGCAAUCCCUGUCUCAUCCCUUUGGACUCAGAUCCUGGAAACUCAUCCCCACCCCGCUUUUAUUAUUUUUUUUUUUUUUUGGUAUGGUUUGGAUCUUUAUGCUCAUUCUCCCAGUGAGAAAGGGGUAGGUGGUCUCCCCACUUUGUGUUUCCUCAUCCCUACCCACAUGCAGGUGGGGUCUGCCUAAGCUCCCAGCUAAAGACCCCCAUCCCAGCUCAUUGGCCACCAGGCACAAAGCCCCUCUUUGGCCUCAUUUUGCCCUGGUGUGAGGGGAUGGCUGGUGCCCAUGGUGUGUUUGUACCCACUGGGUCUCACCACACUGCCCAGAAAAUGCUGGGGAUUUGGGUCCCUAAGAAGCAGCCUGGCACCAGCAGCGCACAGGCAUGUGCUGAGGGGUGACAGUGCCAGCAGAGGAGGGCUGGCAGGCACAUGAGACAGAGUUUGCACUGCUGGCAGGUGGCCCAGCUGGGUCAAUGCUGCUAGGAGAGACCUGGAAGAGAAAACUCAGGGUGCACCAGGAAGAAGUGGAGUGACUCAUGAGGUGUGGUGCAGUGCUGAGUCACGCUCAGCACCCAGACAGGCCCUGCUGAGCUCCCCGUGCCCUCAGCUUUCGCUGCUCCUCUACUCUGUGACACCUCUGCAGACCCCACGUGCCCCAGAUGUCCCCACAGCUGCCUCACUGGUGCUCUCUGUUGAUGAGAGAUGGACAGAAGGUGCCAUCCCCUGCCUCAGGCUGGUGGGGAGCUGGGGUGACACCAAUGCAGGGAGGCAUUGGGAAGGGAGAUGCUGAAGAGAGGCAGCUCAGUGGGAGCAGGACAGCUCAUGUCCCCAGUUUCACCAGUUAUGGGGUGAGGAUUUGGCUGCACAAACAGUCCCAAAUCUGAUUAAUUCAGUGGUGAGAAAAACAGGGACAUGACAAGGAGCCUUGGAACACUGUCCUCAGCUCUCUGGUCACGUUUUUCUCACCUGCUCAGCUCUCCCGCUGACUUAUGUGGGAUUGCCUUCGCAGUACACAAAGGGGUUGCUCCCCAAUUCUGGGGGUGAUACAAGCCCCCCAGGUUAAUGCAGCUGAAAGGCAGCUGCAGCAGAAAGGCUGAGGAGCAGAUGGAUGAGAUGGAUGUGAUUGUGCAAGAGGGAUGCUUAUCCUCUCUGGGCAGCGUCACAUCACCGUGGCCUGGCCUGUCUGCUUGGGGCUGAGGGCAGAUGACAGUGACAGGGGGACCAUUGGUGAACAUCUGCCCCUUUGCAGAUGGGAGUGGAGACUUUCCCCAGCUGUAUGAUUCUGGGCCUCAUGAUUCACAGGCAGAUGCUCGUGGUGGGGCAGGCAGAGGUGGACAGCUUGGGGACAAGCCAGCCCGCAUGGGACAUCACCCAUUAUACACGCUCAGAGAACAUCUUGUGAGCCAGAGGGAGAACCAGCAACAGCAGUUCGGGGCCAGCAUCUCUGGUGAGGUAUGGCCAGCAAAUGUGGGGAAAGCAAGAGCUUUCUGCCCAAAUCCAGCCACAAACCCAACAUCUGUUUGAAAUCGGGAUGAGCUCAGCUAACAAUUGAGCUAAUACUUGUCCCCAUUUCCUCCAAUGCAAGGAGAAAAGCAGCAGGGUGAGAGAGAGGUGUUUGGGCUCCCCAGGUUCUGUCUGCUGUUAUCCCCAGGUUGAUUCUCCCUCUCCUCACCCAAAACAUUUCCAUUUUCCAUUUGCCCAUUGUUGCUUGCAAACCCUUCAGGUUUCCUGGCCUGUUGUCCAUGGCAGAGCAAAGUCCCUGCCACGGGUGUCCCAUGCAGUGUCACUCAACCUCAGAGCAGCCGCUGCAUCAGCCCACCCGAAAUCCCUUUUACAAACCCUCUAACGCAAACCAACUGUGGCAGAAGAAACAAAUGAAAACAAUUUAAUAGGGCGAUGGAUAUUUGGGCCCUUUGUUUGUGCUGGCUGUUAACACCAGAGGAGAUGAGGGAUGGAAGCAGUUGAAAUGUGUAUCUACUUUGGCCGGCGGAAAGUGUGACGGAUGCGUCGGCAGACCAAUGGCUGAGGAUGCUGGGGUGUGCGUGGGUGUGAAAGGAAUGCUCGCUGCAAGAAAAGAUAAAAAAAAAGAAGAAAGAGCCUUAUCAAUGGUGUUUGAGUCCAAAGUGUGUGUAUUCCUUGGAGAAAGGGUUUCCUCAAUCCCCGGGGAUAAUGUUUUCCCUGCAAUGUGAGACUUUGAGGUUUCUGAAGCUUCAUUUUAGGGGCACUGGCACUGGGCUGGUGCUGCAGGCAUGGAUUUAACCCCACAAAGUGCUCGUGCAGGGGCACAAGCGUGGCCAGUGGCCAGAGGUGACUGUCGUCAGCUCCUCAAGGGAACCUCCUGGGAAAUGCGUUUUAUUUUUGCAGAGAUGCUUAUAAGGCAAAGGGGAGGAAAAAAAUAAGGCCUCACCUCAGUGCUGAACUGCACAUCCCAGGCAGGAGCAGUGUCACUGCAAUGCUGGCAGCUCUCUCCGGGGUUCAUCCCCAUCCCACGCCAAUGAGUGGAAAGAUGCUGCUCCAGAGCUGAGCAGGAAGGUGGAUAUGAGGGCUCUUCUCCAGCUGCUGGCUUCUCCCUCUUCUGCAGACCCCUGGGGUUUGGGGGGCUCCAUGCACCCAGUUCUGAGUCCCACUCUCUUGAGGGGGCUGACAGAUAUUUCCAUGGGUCCCAGGAGGCAAACGUCCCAACGGGAAGGAAGGAGGGAAGGGCUGGGACAUCCUGGGGAGUGCAGGAGGGGAGACCAGCCCUGGGAAACUCCUUGUCCAGCAGUGGAAGGGCUGGAGCUGUUUGGUUCCCAGCAAGCUGCCCUGGCCCCAGCCCUGCGGGAUCUCUCUUCAGCUUUGAAGUGGUGAUACUUUAAUUAAUAAAAGAAGUUAUUGUGACGAGGUGUUCUUCUGUUCCCUCCCCCUCCCCUUGUAUUUAUUUUGGUAACAUUUUUUAGAGGGAAAGGCAGACUCAUUGCUGAUUAGCUCAGCUGUGGCUUUGCAGGAUGGGCUCCUUCUCGAUGCAGCAAGCCACAGGCAGCAAUGGGAAAGCCAGUAUUUUUCAACUGCUUUUUAAAAGGAGUCAUUUUUUAAUUAGUGAAUCCAUUCUGGAGAAGU